CUUUUUGCUGUUGAUGCAAUGCGGCGCAAGCGCGCUUCAAACCUGUCUGUCAGAGGUUUCCGGGGUGUUACCACUAUACUCUAGCGUCUUCUGAGAUAUGAGCAUAUCUGCAUUUUAAGACUGCUCUAAAAUGGAGGAGACAGGCAGGGAGGCGGUUGCAACAGCUGUACAAAGGGUGGCUGGGAUGCUUCAGCGGCCAGACCAGCUGGAUAAAGUGGAACAAUAUCGUCGGAGGGAAGCACGUAAGAAGGCUUCAGUGGAAGCUAGACUGAAGGCAGCAAUCCAGUCUCAGCUAGAUGGAGUCCGAACUGGUUUAAGUCAAUUGCACAAUGCAUUGAAUGAUGUCAAGGAUAUUCAGCGUUCUUUGGUUGAUGUCAACAAAGACUGGCGUCAAAGUAUCAACACAAUUGAAAAUCUCAAGGAUGUUAAGGAUGCUGUAGUUCAACAUAGCCAACUGGCAGCUGCAGUAGAAAACCUUAAAAACAUCUUCUCAGUGCCAGAGAUAGUUCAAGAGACCCAAGAUUUGAUUGAUCAGGGGCAAUUGCUGCAAGCCCAUCGAAAGUUAAUGGACUUGGAGUGCUCUCGUGAUGACCUGAUGUAUGAACAGUACCGUAUGGACAGCAAGAACACCCAUGAUAUGAACUUAAUUGACAACUAUUUUGGAGAUAUGCAAAGACUUUCUGAAGAGCUGGCCAAGCAACUCUGGAUGGUCAUACAGAGGUCUCUAGUCACUGUUCGUCGAGAUCCAACUUUGCUGGUUUCAGUUAUUAGGUUAAUUGAGAGGGAAGAAAAAAUAGACAGGCGCAUGCUUGAUCGGAAAAAACAAACUGGGUUCAUACCCCCAGGCAGGCCUAAGAAGUGGAAGGAGAAAAUGUUUAGUGUAUUGGAUCGAACUGUCAUCACCAGGAUUGAAGGCACUCAAGCAGACACCCGAGAAUCUGACAAAAUGUGGCUCGUUCGCCAUCUGGAAAUCAUUCGCAAAUAUGUCCUUGAUGACCUGCUGGUGGCUAAGAAUCUUAUGGAUCAAUGUUUCCCUCCACAUUAUGACAUUUUUAAGAAGUUGUUAAGCAUGUAUCACCAGGCAUUGUCUUUACGCAUGCAGGACUUGGCUUCUGAAGAUUUGGAAGCAAAUGAAAUUGUUAGCCUUUUGACAUGGGUUUUAAACACUUACAAAAGCAUGGAGAUGAUGGGAAAUCCAGAACUUGCACCAGAGGUGGAUGUGAAUGUCCUUCAACCGCUACUUUCUGAAGAAGUGGUAGAUGAGCUUCUUAGCACAUACAUGUCAACUCUUACAUCUAACAUCAUCGGCUGGCUAAGAAAAGCCCUGGAGACAGAUAAAAAAGAUUGGCUAAAAGAAAAUGAGCCAGAAGCAGAUCAAGAUGGAUUCUAUCAAACUACACUGCCUGCUAUUGUAUUUCAGAUGUUUGAACAGAAUCUUCAAGUGGCUACCCAGAUAAGUGAAGAUUUGAAAAUAAAGGUACUACAUCUAUGCCUUCAGCAAAUGAGUUCAUUCCUCAGCAGGUACAAAGAGGAAGCACAUUUAUAUAAAGAAGAACACCUAAGAAACCGUCAGUUUCAUCCAUGCUAUGUUCAGUACAUGGUUGCCAUCAUCAACAAUUGCCAGACAUUUAAGGAAUCGAUUGUCAGUUUGAAAAAGAAAUACUUGACUCCUGUGAUGGAAGAAUUCAUGACAAGCAGUCACGCAUGCAUCGAUGCAGUUCUAGAUGACGUUGCCAAGGAAGGAUGCUCAAGCCUGCUAGAUGAAGUCUUCAUGGAUUUAGAGCCACAUCUUAGUGAGCUGAUGACAAGAAAAUGGCUGGCAGGAUCCAAUGCUGUGGAUACAAUCUGUGUAACAGUAGAGGAUUAUUUCAAUGAUUUUGCAAGAAUAAAGAGGCCCUAUAAGAAGAAAAUGACUAUCGAAUGCCACCGUAGAGUUGUUGUGGAGUAUAUCAAGGCUAUUAUGUUAAAGCGUAUUACUUUCAAGAAUGCAGAAGAAAGAAGAGAAGGUGCUGAAAGAAUGAACAGAGAAGCUGAACAGUUCAGAUUUCUGUUUAAGAAACUUACUCUUGGAUCUGGGGAGGACACAGAAGGACUGUGUGAUGUUAUUGAAGCCAUUGCAGAAGUCUUCAAGUUGACGGAUCCUUCACUGCUUUAUCUAGAAGUCUCAACUUUAGUUAGCAAACACCCAGAUAUCAGGGAUGAUCAUGUUGCAGCUUUGUUGACAAUGAGAGGAGAUGCUAGCAGAGAGAUGAAGCAAACCAUCAUUGAAACUCUGGACAAAGGUCCAAGCCAGCCAAAUCCAAACUAUGUGCCAAUUUUUAAAGAAAUUACAGUUCCAACACUAACUGUGCCAAAGCUUCUUAAGUAAUAGUUUUAAAUAACAUUUUUGGUGUGGUGUGGUAUUAAUACUUUCAGAACAUUUGUAGCCUAAUUUGGCUAUGCACUUGGAAAACGCAUUAGGGUUUCUUGCUGGGCUUUUAGUUUUUCUGUCUCGUGUUAGUAAUUGCAACAAGAUGUAGAGAUGGCCAGAUUGGUCACUUGAAGAAUAUGCACUAUUCUGAUGGCCAGAAUGCUUUGAACUGGCAUCUUUCACUAUCAGCAAUAGACUUUUCCCACAAUUAUUUAUCUCGAAGGUUGUGUACUCUGAUGCAUAAUUGCAUAUGUUUUAGAAAAUGUAAAAAAGGAUGAAUUUACUUUUAGGGUGAACAAAUGAAAAACAAUUUUUGAGGUACAUCAGUGAUUUGGUUUUGUUCUUCAUUCAAUUGAUUUUCGCAGGAUUUGAAGAAGAAAAAAUGCAGAAAUGAUUACUAAAUAAAAUUUAAAAAUAAAUAUAGUAAGCCUGGCAUUGGGUGUUGGAAUACUGUUCAAAGCUCCCUCUCCCUUCAGGGAACUGUCACAUUAUUGUUACAAUAACAACAAUGGAAAAUAGAGGCAUGGGUGUGUAGGGGAAGACUGUGAUUACUUCGUACAUGUACUUUGGCUUAGUUACAAUAAGGUAUAGUAGGGCAAUGUGUAUUUUGUUUCAGUGUGGACAAGUAGCUUGAGGGACCAAGGAUGCUUGCAGAUGGACAUAGUGUUAUCAAUUAAAAGGCAUUGUGCAGCUAUUCAGAC